AUGCCUUCCACUAGAGGCUUGUUUUUCCCAAGGGCAGAUGCGGCGAUCCUCAAGUCAAAGCAUCCUUCCCCACCCACACACCCGCAUACCAUCGGCCCGAUUUUUGAUCCGGAAAACAUAGAUAAGCCAAUAAGCUCCUGGUCCGAUGAGAUCGGAUCAAGCUUGUAUCCUAUUGAUCCCAAUGCGCCUACAUCUAUCAUUCCAGUUUCCGACAAGCCUGAUGGCUUUGAGGGUCGAUAUCCGCGUGCCACUUUGGCCCAAAAUGAGAGACUUAGAUUGUCCAUGCUGUGGUAUUAUACCCGCGAUGUUCUGAAAGAGGAAGAGCUCCUCUCCGGUCUCCAAGAGAAAGCAUAUCUAGCUACGGAGUCCACAGGAUGGGAGUACGCGAUCAUCGGCAUCCUAGAUAUGGAUGUUUACAUCCGCUUGGCCACAGUGGGUGUGCAUUUAGGCAUUCUGCCGAGGGGUGAAACAAUCUGUGCUCAUACGGUCACUCAACCUCCUGGUAGUGUAUUCCAUUUACCAUCACUCAUGGAGGACUGGAGAUUUCGGGAAUGUCCCUAUCUUGAGCAGGGCGAGAUCUAUGCAUAUGCUGGUGUACCACUGCGUCUGCAGUAUGAAGCCGGCGAAUGUGUUGGUCUUGGGUCACUUUGCGUGGCCUCGAGUAAAAGCGAGGAGCCCCUGACAAAAGACCAACAGCAAGCACUGAUCCGUCUGGGUGACUGGGUCGUCUCGGAUCUUCUUCACGCAGUACGAGCAAGGCGCCAACGUGACCGGCAUCGGAUGGCUGAGCUCCUCUCCGCCACACAGUCGAAAUUGGACAAGAUGGUGUCAGAGGAGCCUAUUUUACAAAUUCUCGCAAGUACUUACCCUGAUGCUGUCAUCAAACUGCAACCAACGAAUGCGACGUAUUUUGAGCUGGAGGGACGAAAGCCUAUCUUGAUGUCAGACAUAGACGGCGGCCUAUGGGAAGAUACAGAAUACCUAGAUACGCUGAUCGCGAAUUCUAACCACGAGGCGCUCCCAACGACACAUACUGUCCGCAUAAUUGCUUCUCCUUGUGAGGUAGUAUCGGGUUCAUCUUUGCUCAUGGUGGGAUCAAGGGACUUUCACUUCGUAUUCGAUGAUGUGGACGCGUGGUUCCUUGAGACCUGUGCUGGCAUGAUCUCCCAGAUGUGGCGCAAAAGACUUUUAACUGAGGCGCUGAGAGCCAAGGAGAAGUUUCUUCGGGGAUUUUCACAUCAAGUUCGCACACCGAUCCAUGGAAUUCUCGGUUCAGCGGACCUUCUAGCUGAAGAGAUCCAAUCCUGGUACUCAGGCGAGGACGCACUCACAACAGCAGGAUCAGUUGAGAGGUCUCUAAAAUCACGUUUAAACGAACAUUCCAAGUAUCUGAACAUUAUCAAAAUGGGCGGCCGAGAUCUGAUUGCAAUCAUCAACAAUAUGAUCACAAUCAAUCGAUGGGCUGAUAUUGCUACUAUGGACCGACACUAUGCCAUGCAUCCAGUUGACAAGCUUGAGACAGAGCUAUGUGCUGGAGUAACAAACCUGACCGUGGGGGGACACGCGCUAUCGAGCUUCUGUUUUCUUCACCCACGACCUACCCCCUUUCAGCAGGCACCAGAUGGAGUUGUCUCAGUAACCUUAUCAUUGAAUUCGGAAUUAAAGCAGCUGACUGUGGAUGUCGAGGAUAAUGGUCGAGGCAUUCCCCAUGAGUAUCAGCGGCGCAUUUUUGAACCUUACGAAAAAGUUGAUAUGCACUCAGCACGUGCGGGACUGGGACUUACUGUCGCGUCCAGAUUCGCAUCACUCUUGCAGGGAUCAGUCGCUUUAAUGUCCUCGAAAGUUGGUCGAAGCUCUCAUUUUAGGGCGACGUUCCGAGGUAUCGAAGGUAUCACAUAUUCUAGGCCGCCAAAAUUGCUUGCUUCAAAACUUCAGAAUCUACCAUCAAGAUUCUUCAGCCUGAUUAGUGAUUCGGGCUCCACGUCACUCUGCACUCACUUCAAUUCUUUCCUCACGCGCAAUGGCUUUGUGUCGUCGGCUUGUCUGGAAGGAUCUUUUGUCGCCUUCGAAGCUCUUCCUCAUUUGGAAAAGCACAUCUUACAGCUGGCCCAGAUCCCGUCGGAGGUAGUGGCAAUUUGUCUUCUUCCCGGACUCGAUGCAACUCCUCCUCUUGAACAGACGGCUAAGAACGUUAUUUAUGUGAGCGGACCUUUUACAAACUUGUCGUUAGCCUUAGUCCUCGAACAAGCGGACCGCCUCGUGGGGGAGAUCGAACUCUCGCAGUCACGGGCAUCCCUGCCAAUAAAUUCAACGGCAACUCCAGCGUCAGAACCAAAAGACGACGAGUCUGAGCCGCUUCAAAUUGACACGCCCAGCCCCAUAUCAGAAUCUACGAUAUCCUUGUCAACUGAUCAGGAUGUAGCGCCCUCCGGAGACUCAAAAGUCCCCGUUGUAAAGUCCCUGCAGCUGAGUCAUUCUUCACGGCCUGUGACUCUGAUUGUCGACGACAAUAACAUCAAUCUCCGUAUUAUGGAGAUGUACUGCAAAAAAAGAGGUCUGCCAUACUUAUCUGCGAAAAACGGUCUCCAAGCUGUCGAAAUCUUUACGCAACGUCAAUCACCUUCCACCGCAAAGAACGAUCCUCCUAUUGAGAUGAUCUUGAUGGACUUGCAGAUGCCAGUAUGCGAUGGCAUCGAAGCCACCAAGCAGAUACGAACUCUUGAGCAGCAGAAUGAUUGGGGAAGGGCUUUGGUACUGGUGAUGACUGGCCAAGACACCGCUAUGGACAGAGCCGCGGCACAAGAGGCUGGCGGGGAUAAAUAUCUUGUCAAGCCGGUGGUAAUUGAAAAUUUGGAUCGCAUUGUGAAGCGACAUUUUCCCAUGUUUGAUUUGGGGAAGAAAUGA